UCAUGCACAAAUCUGGCCAGAACCCAAUAUCACAAACAGGGUAGCAAAAACGUUUCCUUCUCGUAAAUAAUAAAGAAAUACUAAAUGGUACAGAAAUUCAGUGCCGACGAGUGCCUAAAGAUUUUCACUUCCCAGUUUCCAGUUCCAUGCCGCGUUCACUGAGUUCUAACUUCAUAUCAUAUCCUUUCACACUCAAAAUCGAAAAAUCCCAAGUUUCUGCGCAAAAUCUGUCACCUUGAAAUCAAGAUACAGAAACGUCUCAAUUAUUAUCGACAUCAGGAUCAAUAACAAGAACAAUAAGAAACAAACACUUGAUCAGAUCUAGAGCAAAAAGGAUCUCUUCAAAGCGCCCAUCGAAAUGGCGCUAAUAUCCUUCACUCUACUCUCCCUGAUUCUCGUUUCCUCACUAUCAAUUCCAAACCUUGCUCACUGCAAGACCCUCAAACGUGACGUUAAAGCUUUGAAUGAGAUCAAGGCUUCGCUUGGUUGGAGAGUGGUGUAUGCGUGGGUUGGAGAUGACCCCUGCGGUGAUGGAGAUCUACCUGCAUGGUCUGGUGUCACCUGUUCCACUGUCGGUGAUUAUCGUGUUGUCACCGAGCUUGAGGUGUAUGCUGUGUCUAUUGUGGGACCUUUUCCUACUGCUGUGACAAGCUUGUUGGAUCUUACACGGCUGGAUCUCCAUAAUAACAAGUUGACCGGGCCUAUUCCUCCUCAAAUUGGACGUUUGAAGCGUCUUAAGAUACUAAAUUUGAGGUGGAACAAAUUGCAAGAUGCAAUUCCUCCAGAAAUCGGUGAGCUUAAAAGUUUAACUCAUCUAUACCUAAGCUUCAAUAACUUCAAGGGAGAAAUCCCUAAGGAGCUUGCAAAUCUUCCUAACCUUCGGUACCUCUACCUUCAUGAAAACCGUUUAACUGGAAGAAUACCACCAGAAUUGGGCACACUACAAAACCUUCGGCACUUGGAUGCUGGUAACAAUCAUUUGGUUGGUACCAUAAGGGAACUCAUUCGUAUUGAAGGUUGCUUCCCAGCACUUCGCAACCUAUAUCUAAACAAUAACUAUUUUACGGGAGGAAUACCUGCACAACUUGCUAACUUGACUAGUCUUGAAAUCUUGUACUUGUCUUACAACAAGAUGUCAGGAGUUAUACCGUCUAGCAUUGCUCAUAUUCCUAAAUUGACAUACUUGUACUUGGAUCAUAACCAGUUUUCAGGGAGAAUCCCGGAACCCUUUUACAAGCAUCCAUUCUUGAAAGAAAUGUACAUUGAAGGAAAUGCAUUCCGACCUGGUGUCAACCCCAUUGGUUUUCAUAAAGUGCUCGAAGUUUCUGAUGCAGACUUCCUUGUUUAGUUAUAUAAAACCAAAUCAAAAUUAUUUUAAUUUUCCAGGAAGUGUGAAUGUAUAAUUAUUAAAAUAAAAAAUAGUUCCUCUAAUAGUCCCAAGUGAAAUAUAGCCUAAUAGGUAAUCCAAAUUUUUGUCUAAAGCUUAUUAUCGACCAA